AUGGGCUCACCAGGAUUAGAGACACCAGUGAAUCUUCUAGCCUCCCUUGCCCUUUUCACAGUGCUUUUGGUCAUCAUUCCACAAUGUGCAAUUCCUGCUUAUGCCUCCACACUAGAAGCACAAGCCCUUCUCAAAUGGAAAUCCAGCCUUCUAAACCAAAACCUAUCCACCUCUUCUCUAUCUUCAUGGACUCUCCCUCCUCAAAAUGCUACCAGCUCCAAUGCAACGGUGUCGAGCCCGUGCAGUUGGCACGGCAUCUUGUGUAACCUAGCCAGAAGUGUGAUUGGAAUCAAUCUCACCAGUUCAAACAUCAAAGGUACACUCAAUGAGUUCCCAUUCUCGUCUUUGCAGUAUCUUACCUAUAUAGACAUGUCCAUAAAUGAACUCUUUGGCAGAAUACUGCCUCAAGUCGGUCUUUUGACCAAUCUCACCUACCUUGACCUCUCCUUUAAUCAAUUAUCCGGGAAAAUACCACAGGAGAUUGGCAAUCUCAUGAAGCUUGAGAUGCUACAUCUGCUCUCUAACGAGUUGAAUGGCUCUAUCCCUGAUGAAAUAGGUCAGUUGCGUUUGUUGAACGAGCUUGCCCUGUACUCAAACCAGUUGAAUGGAUCUCUUCCUUCUUCCUUGGGCAACUUGAGCAGCCUCGCUAGACUAUACAUCUACAACAAUUCAUUUUCUGGUUCUAUUCCUCUUGAAAUUGGGAAUUUGACAAACUUGGAGGAGAUUUACAUGGAGACCAACUUCCUAACGGGGCCAAUUCCUCCCACAUUCGGGAAAUUGACGAAACUAACCCAACUCCAUGUAUAUGAUAAUGAACUUAUUGGUUCUAUCCCACCGGAGCUGGGGAACUUGAAACUUCUUCGUCGACUCGCCCUACACUACAAUAAUCUUACCGGUUCAAUUCCCUCGACAUUAGGCAAUUUGACAGAGCUUACCCUUCUUUAUCUGUAUGGCAACAUGCUUUCUGAUAACAUUCCUGAUGAGUUGGGAAACCUUCGAGCUAUGAUCGAUUUGGAGCUGAGUAAGAAUCAGCUCAGCAGCCCUGUUCCUUCUUCUCUGGGCAACAUGACUAACUUGGAAAUUUUAUUACUCCAUAAGAACCAACUUUCCGGUUUCAUUCCUAGAUUCCCUGGGGAUUUGAUGAACUUGGUGGUGCUACAAUUAGAUAUGAACUGGUUCACUGGCUUCAUACCAGAUAACUUGUGCCGAGGUGGAUCACUUCGUAAUCUCUCCUUGGGUUGGAACAACCUCACAGGAAUAGCCUUUCAGGCACAAUCCCUCGAACAUUUUCUCGACGAAGCAGCUUGA